UCCGGCGAGUAGCUGGCGGUUUCGGGUGCUGCUGUGCUGUGUGUUGUGAGGGAGGGUCGAAGCCGCUUGCUGCCGGAGAAGCCCCUUGGCCGUAGCGCGCCAUUAAUAAUGUCUUUCAUCUUUGAGUGGAUCUACAAUGGCUUCAGCAGUGUGCUCCAGUUCCUAGGACUCUACAAGAAAUCUGGAAAACUUGUAUUCUUGGGUUUGGACAAUGCAGGCAAAACCACACUCCUACACAUGCUCAAAGAUGACCGAUUGGGCCAGCAUGUUCCAACACUACAUCCGACAUCAGAAGAGCUGACGAUUGCUGGAAUGACUUUUACAACUUUUGAUCUUGGCGGGCAUGAGCAAGCACGCCGGGUUUGGAAAAAUUAUCUCCCAGCAAUUAAUGGGAUUGUGUUUCUGGUGGACUGUGCAGAUCAUCCUCGUCUCAUGGAAUCCAAAGUUGAGCUAAAUGCUCUAAUGACUGAUGAAACAAUAUCCAACGUGCCAAUCCUUAUCUUGGGUAACAAGAUUGACAGAACAGAUGCCAUCAGUGAAGAAAAACUGCGUGAGAUAUUUGGGCUUUAUGGACAGACCACGGGAAAGGGGAAUGUGACCCUGAAGGAGCUGAACGCCCGCCCCAUGGAAGUGUUCAUGUGCAGUGUGCUCAAGAGGCAAGGCUACGGCGAGGGCUUCCGCUGGCUUUCUCAGUAUAUUGACUGAUGUUUGGACAGUGGAAAUGAAAGAGUUCUACUUCUCUGGACUGAUCCUAUUCCCAGCUUCCUCAUGAACUUAUCUAAUAGAACAAGGAAAGCUCUUCAGCCGUGUGUGGCGUUGAGAAGCCAAGAGUCUCUGUCAGCCCUCUCAUCGCCCAGUGGUGACAUGUGCUCUUCUCCACACUGUCGGGAGGUGACGCUGCCCCAUGUGCCGGUGCGCGUCAGCAUCCCAGGACUCGGAAGCUGGCAGGAUCUGCUGGGUAAAGCUGUAUGCCAUCGUGGGGCACCUGAAAAGAAAAACACGUCUCACCACUGUGGUUGAUUUCAAAAGAAAGUGAUUCUAUUUUUUAAAGAAAGCGUUGUUCAUGUAAUUGGUGUCCCUUUUCACAUUUUGAGUUCAAAAUUUACUUGGUCCAGAGUUUUCUAUUUUUUUUUUCUUCCUCGUGAUCUAGUGAGUGGCAUUUAGAUGCUUCAUAAAAUUAUGCACAGAAACACAUCGGAGGCCAGAGCUCAGUCGAGUGAACUCACUCAUGUUGAGGUAACAGGUUAGUGAUAGAAGCCCCCCGCCACACCCCGUGUCGCUGCCUGCCUUGUGGCAGGUGGGCACUGCCGUGUGUGCAGAGGAGCAGGAAAGGCGGGACGUGGGCCUGGCAGCGGCGGCAGGUUGCCCUGGGGCUGCUGGGGCCGCUCCUCGGGCCGUGUAGCGCGGGCUGCUCCCUGCAAGGGUAAUUGUACGGUUACCUGCCUGUGUUUACUUACAGAGCCACAAACUGCAGCCAAUCUUUGCUUUCAUGCUGUUGGGAAACUUCAUUUCUCCUCAUACGCCUGUUUCAUGUUCAGCUAUAAGAAAUGACAUUUGCCUCCAAAAACAGAACUCCUCCCGAUUGUCCGACACUGCAGGCAUGUCUGUUCUUCUUGCACAGAUUCUAGGGGGAAAUUAAUCUGAAUCGGUGAGUUGCAGAGGACAAAGUUAGCAGCUGGAGGGCUCUUAAUUCUGUGAGCUGAGAACUUUAAAAAAAUGUGGUAUUUGUAUCAUUUGUUUGGAUCCAGGGAAGAUUGAUUUAAUGGGCUUUAGAAUGUUCACUUGCAGGAUUUGGUCUCUUUACUGAACUGUUCAUGAGCCCUUUUUGUCGGUUACCUGUUUUCUUGGUGUUUAAAAGUUAACAUCUGUAGCUAAAUUUUUUUGGGGGGAGGGUAUGAAAUUGCUUUUCUCUAUUCCAGAAAUAAGCUGCGGAAACUCUAAGAACUUUGUGCUGUGGUGGUCUUUUUGAGCCAGCAUUCCUUGUCAGGAAGAGCUCAGUAUAAAAAGCCUCAGCACCCCCACUAAUGUGAGGAGGAUCAUUUUUAUAGCAUUCCUUUUUCUUACUGCCACUUGUAAGGUUGGAUUUUCAUGAUCUUAACCAAGAUUAGGCCCUUAAGAUGGCUGGAUAUCUUCAUUUUUUCCUUUAAUGAGAGAUUAGAGGUUUCCUCAAAAUUGAAAAUGGUGAUGGUGAUGCUUAUUUGCAGAGGAUUGAACCAAAUUCGGUGCAAUUUUGAGUCUCAUGUGAAGGUGGGGAAAGUGUGGAUAACAAAUUCCAGGCGUGAGCGUAUUGUUCUUUAAUGGCUUUCUCAGUGUUCGUCUUCACGACUGACUUGUUAGGAAAGCAUCCUUCUUCACUGCCGGGUACCCAGUGCAGAGAGGCUCAAUGAAGGGUCAGUCGGGGAAGAGCAUGCCUUUCAGUUAUUAGCAAGCAUAGCUGGAGUAAGACAGAAAUCGUUGAUUUGGAGAGGGGUGAAAGCCUUAAAUGAACAAAUCUAGCGAAUGGUGAAUGAGCUAGGUAGUUAACAUGCAUACUUUUAAUUUCCUUUGGCUAAAGGUAACCCCUGCUUCUCUCUCCAGAGACAUGAGCAGUAUGAAUGCAGUGCUAGUUUUCUUGUUGCUUGUUUUUUGUUUUUUUCCUCUUUGUCCUUAAUCACUUGGUAGCUAGAAAACUAUGGAUUCUACACAGCACAGCUCUUUGUGAAAGUGGUGUGUUCUGGCCACUGGAGAAAGAGGAGAUUGAAAAGUCCACUGGCGUCCGUCUGUUUCUUGCUCCACAGAAAACACUGUUCCUAUGAUAAGGUCACAAAAGAGGCUGAUGUGAGGAGCUUGUCUCCUAACGGUGAGGAUCAGAGCUUUGUACAGGAACUCCCAUGAAUUGAGACUUUUCAUUCUGUUUUACCAGAGUGCAUAUAUGUCCUAUUUCAGGAAAAGUAAAACAGUCAUUUACAAAAGAAAGUCCAUCUGUACCCUCAUCAUUUUAAUAAAAAGUUAAACUUAC